CGCCUCAGGGCGGGGGGUACAAAAGGGAGCCGGCUGCGGUCGGAUGUCGGUGGCGGCUCAUUAGUUCAUUGUCUCAGACUUGGCUGGGUCUUGGGCAUGGCCACACCAUGCGUCAUUCUCCUCACAAUACUCGGAGCGGAAGUCGCCGGCAAGUCCUCUGAAAGUUUGGAAUCGGAGCUCCAGUGUUGCACAGAUACGAUGGAGGUGAACACUACCUGCCUAGCCAACAGCCAGUGCAGUCCAGGCUGCUACAGGCGGUGGAACGAAGACGGCAGCAGCAGCUGCAUCAAAUGUGAGAACGAAACAGUCCCUGCCACACCGGCUUACAAUCUUACUGACUGCCCAAUUGGUGAUGACAGAGGAAUGAAUCCCCAAAUUAAUUCCACUAGCCUGUCCCCAGUUCCAGUGAGUACAGGGAGACCAGAAGUAGCCGUUUCUCUCAUCUUUGGGACGUUUUUUAUCAGCCUCUUCCUCAUAAUGUGCGUCGCUUCUUUCUUCUACCUCAAACGUGCUAAUAAACUUCCAAACCUCUUCUACCGACGAAGCAAAGCAUCUGUCGUGCAGUCUGCUGAAUCAGCGUCGAUGUUAUCUCCACCUUCUUCAGUACGCAAGCCCCGCUACGUCAGAAGAGACCGGUCGCUCAUGACGCCUGGCUCCAGCACAACCAUCUCUACCGAAACGAGGGUCAGCAACGUGUAGGGGCUGGUUUCGCCCACCAGGAUUUGUAAAUACUGGCACAGCUGGAGAAAUUUGGACACCAACUUCAGCCAAGCGCCAGGAGCAACACCCAAAAUAGCUAGCCGCGAAGGGGAGAAAGAUGAGUUGGUCUGUCCGCAGAGAACAGGCUUGGGUCAGCAAGCAGAGAAUGAAGAAAUGUGAAUACUGAGUUCCUCCUCAGAAGAGAGCCAGUUCUGUGAGUGGCUCCCAGUGGAGCUGCCGAGUGGAUUUUCCUUUUGGUCUGUCGGGAGAAUCCGCUCCUUUGGGGGACGGUGCAGGUACGACGGGCAACGUCCCCUGGACCACAAUCACCUUGCCGGCUGUUGAAGUGGAGCCCACGGCACAGUUGGGCGACACAGUUGGGUGGGCUGCCACGCAGCGCCCGUUUUUUGUUAACACAAAGUGCCACGUUUUGAUGCUUGCGGGGAGGUGUUGGGAGCCUCAAAGGCUCUGUGCCCUGGCCAGAGAUCACUCCGCCCCAUUUCCCCAUCCCUUUUGAGUUGGUUUUGAGCGAGGCCUUAAGUACAUGGCAGUUCUGGCCAUCAGUUUAGCUGAUGGGGACAGCUUUGAUUCCUUCUGCCCCAUUUCCCCCCGGGCUCCAGUCUGCAUUUCCUCUGCUCUUUUGCAGUGCAGGAUUGACCUGGAAUUGCACAGCCAACUGCUUUAACUCCCAGGGGUAGGUCUACUAGGUGUUGAUGCUUGUAGACUGUCCAGUGCUCCGCACAGCUAAGCAAGGUGGGUAUUUGGGGGAGUUUAGGACCAAAUGUGAGUGAAUAAGAAGUCAGUCUAGCAGCCACUGAUCCCUGGAUGUGGAGGAAUUCGCGCGCUGGAAUGGUUGAUCCAUUUCAGCUUCUCCUUUUCAUUUCCCCCGCCACCAUCAUGGCUGCCCUAGACAAGACCUGGAGCCUCUCUGCUUCUGCUAGUCAUGGUAAUGCUGAAGCAUCCUUUGGUCUCUCAAGUCCUCUUACUCGCCUCACUGUUAGACAGUGUUCUGCACAGAUUCCCCAGCCCAGGUUCCCCCCCCCCCCCAUUUGCCUUCUUCCAAAGCUCAGUAGUUUCUUUCCAAAGGAGGCCCACGCCAAGCGGAUCAGCGGGAUCUCGUACAAAGAAGGCUUUGGGGUCCAAGGUAACGCAAAGAUGCUCUUUUCUUUGACGGAGUCUAUUUUUGAUGACUUUUUGUAAAGUACUUUUCUCUCGAUUGAAAUCCCUCUUCCAGGGAUAGUGGGUGCCUUCCGUUUUUAAUUUUAUUUUUCUAAAGAAAAAAAAAGGUUUCGAUCUGACUUGGGCCAAACAGAGCGGGACGGAACUUGCAAGGGUGAAGCAGCAAUCGCCUUUUGUGGGUGGCAAAUUCCACGUGCCGACGUCGAGACCUGGGCUAGAAAUGAACUCCCUGCCCCCAGAGAAAACCUUUCCGAAUUAUUUGCCUGGGAGCCCCAGGUGCAGUUUUUACCAAAGGCCAACCCUUUUUUGUGGGGCUGUACCAUUUCUGGCUGUAGGGGGGUGGUGGUUCCUAUGGCUGAAUGCUUCAGCAGACAAAUUAUGUUGAAGGGAAAGAGUCUAGUUCAGAUGACUCCGUUAUACUUGGUAGGAACGUUACCACCCAAAGUGGUGAACUCCAGACCGGGCUUUAAUGCCACCUCUGCUGUUUGUAAUGUGGGCUUAUGUAGGGGUAGGAAACCUUUCCACCCAAAGGAUACCAGUCUAGCUGCGGGAGACAACCCCGUCUUCCUUUCAUGCCCGUGUGCGGCGUUCUCUCCAGCGCAGGUGUCAUUUUCUUGCCGGAGGAGUGUGUUUGUUUUUUGAUGUCCAUGAACCUUUUGACCCAACCUCCUUGGCUCGCUUGCAUUUUCCCCAUGGCUAUCCUCCCCACCCCAAGAUGGAUAAUUUAAGUGGGGAUUUGCUGGCAGAGGUUGCCGAACGCAUUUGCGGGGAAAUGCCGUCACUAUGAAAAGAGGCGGGGCAAAGAAUUGCGGCUGGCGGGAGCGGGGCCGUCUUCUCCUCUUGCACAUUUUUUCCAUUUAAUUUAGAUUUUUGAAAAAGGCACGACUUUGACGCCAGCCGUUGUUAUGUACAAAUUGCAGUCAGGAACUGUGUGUGGCUUCACCCUUCCCUCCCAACGUGUGUAAUGAUUGUAGGGAACGUAAGAGCUGUGUGUGUUGUUGUUUUUUCUUCUUAAGGGGAAAGUUUUACUGUGUUAAACUGGUAUGUGUGUGUUUUAUCACGCCAUUCAAAGCAGGGAAAGCCGCCUCCUUUGGCCCGUCUCAGGCAGGGAAGUGGCUCGUGGUGGCCACAAGGGGGCGCUCUUCGCCGGGUAGAAUCAGCUGCUAAACUUUAUUUUGCACUGUGUUGGGUCCAAGGCAGAAAGUGUUGUAUAUUUUUUGUUCUUCCCUUUUUCCCCCCUAAUUGCUUUAAUAAAAGUUGUGUGGAUUCAUUUGGA